UCUGCUCGAUCCCCGCCGUGGGACGGGGCCUGCGGUGUGGACCGAUCGGCUCUGGGUGCGGAUCCGGGCUCGGGGCCGGGAUGAGCCGCUCCCUGGUGUGUCCCGGGACCGUGAGCAGGGUCAGCUCCGUGUUGAACCGCGACACCCGGCAGUUCGGCAAGAAGCACCUGUUCGACCAGAACGAGGAGACAUGCUGGAGCUCCGACCAGGGCCCGUCGCAGUGGGUGAUGCUGCAGUUCCCGCAGCGCGUCCGGGUGUCCCAGCUGUGGAUCCAGUUCCAGGGCGGCUUCUCCAGCCGCCGAGGCCGCCUGGAAGGUUCUCAGGGGAGCCAGGCGCUGGGGAAGAUUCUGGACUUUUAUCCUGAGGACAACAACCGCCUGCAGAGCUUCCCUGUGCCCCCGGCCGAAGUGGACCAGCUGAAGGUGACCCUAGAGGAUGGCACUGACUUCUUUGGCCGCGUGGUCAUCUACCACCUCCGGGUGCUGGGGGAAGAGGUGUGAUGUGGCCCCCCCUGCCGCUGCCACCGCCACCUCGAAGCCCUCCAGGAAGCAACUGGGAGGCACUGGGAUUCUACACAAAAAAAGGUUUUAUUGGUUCCUGCUUCCCCUGGUCAGUCAGGCCUGGAAUCCAGCGGCCUUGGAAGGAGGUGCUGGGCGCCGUUCCGGCUCUGUUCCCUGAGUGUCCUGAGCUCCCGCCACCCCUGCAGGUGGUGUUUGGUGUCCCGUACUCAGUGGCCGUCAGCAGGUGCCAGGCUGCUCUGGAAGAGUCGCAGGAUGUGGUUCUCGAUGGCCUGUUGCACUGGACCGAGGGACAAGGGACAAGGGACGGGAGAGGAGGCGCAGCGUGAAUAGGUGCUGGGCGUGGUUUUGGGUUUGCCAGAGCCGCCCCUGGGGGACCAACUAGUCCUGGCCCCACCCAAUGAGCCAGACUCUCUACACCCCGACUUCCCCAAAGCCUGUACAAUGGGGAUUCCAGGGAGCCCUUCAGGUAUAAACUUGUUCCCUGCA